UUCCAGGAGGAAGCUGGCACUAUAUUUGCAAAUGUAGUUCCGCAACUUAGCUUUACCCAGAAAUGAAAAGCGAAACUAAUCUAGAAGUUCAUGCAAACAUGAGCAUAUAGACACACACACAUAGACUGCUAAGGAAAACACUUAAACAAAAGGGUGUGUAAUUUUGCUGAAAUGAAACUCUACUACACACUACGAAUACAGAAGUGUACAGCCAGAAUAAGGAAAGACAGAUUGUCAGAAAUGAGAAGAGGAUCAGAACUUCACCAAGUUAACCUGGAUUCUCACCACAAUCAAACAAUAGACAUGAAUCCCUUCAGAUCCUUCACACCUUCCUACUCUACUCUACGGGACACUCCUGUGGCCAUCUUGCAACACCUCAAAUGUUCCAUUUGUAUUGAUGUUCUGGAGGUGCCUGUCACUACCGCCUGUGGUCACACCUUCUGCAAGAGAUGCCUGGAUCGCCACAUGGCCAUCAAUGACCUAGUCUGCCCAUUGUGCAAGCAGCAUCUGAAAUUAAAACCACAAGUAAACAUUGCCUUUAGAGAUAUUCUGAAGGAUUUCUAUGAAGCCCAGAGUCCCAGUCCUGAUGAGUUCACUGGACAGCCGGAGGAGGUCCCCUGUGACGUCUGCCCUGAUAGUCGCAAGUAUAAAGCAGUCAAGUCCUGUCUGAUGUGCUUGUUGUCAUACUGCAAUCAACAUCUUAAAAGGCACCACAACAAGCUACGUUCCAAAGGGCAUAAACUGGUGGAGCCACUGAAUGAGCUGGAUAAGCGAGCAUGCAUGAUCCACGGCAGGCCUCUGGAGCUCUAUUCAGUCAGCGAGGGGAAGUUAAUCUGCUGUCUCUGUGUGAAAGGUGGGACAAAUGUGGUGUCUGUGGAGGAAGAAAGAGACAUAAGGCAGGCAGAGUUGGGCACUGUUAUAAGUGAGAUGAAACAGGGAAUACAGCAGAGAGAGGAGAAAGUGAAGGAGCUGGACAAUUCAGCAGCAAUCUGCCUGGCUCUGAUUGACCAGGAGACAAAGGAAAUUAAAAAGGUUUUCAAUGCCAUAAAGAAAGCAAUUCAGAAAGCAGAGAAUGAGGUGUUGAGCCCUUUAGAAGGACGGAAGAAGGACGUGGAACAGGAGGCAGAGGAGCUGAAAAGAGAUUUGCAGAGAAAGAUCACCACAUUGAGUAACACCAUCUCAGAUCUACAAACACUGAGAGAUGAAGAAGAUCCUGUCUUCUUCCUACAGAGUUAUCCCUCUGACAAAAUGGAAGAUAAUGGCAAUGACUGGACGUCUAUUUUUUUGGAUACUGAUUUGAGCUUUGGCACAAUAAGGAGCAUGGAGGUGACCAUGAUGGCUAAUAUUAAGGACGAGUUUGAGAAACUCUCCAGAAUUGAAACUGCAAGGAUUAAGAAAUAUGAAGUGGAUGUAACUCUGGAUCCCGACACUGCUAAUGCACAGCUCCUAAUUUCUGAUGACAUGAGACAGGUGCACAGCUCUGUGGAGAAAAUGGAUGUAUCUGAUUGCCCUGAGAGGUUUGAUGUCUUUGGCAGCGUUUUGGGACAGAACCCGCUGGCUGAAGGCAGGGCCUUCUGGGUAGUGGAGGUUGGGAACAAACGAGGCUGGGAUAUUGGGGUGACAAGAGAGAAGGCAAACAGGAAGGGUGCACUCUCCCUCAAACCAAGCCAAGGAUACUGGGCAAUUGUGCAUUAUAAUGAUGACAAUUAUGCAGCUCUGGAAGACCCUCCCACCCUGCUGUCUCUUUCAAAUAAACCCUGUAAAGUAGGAGUGUUUGUUGAUUACAGUGAGAAGUUAGUCUCCUUCUAUGACAUGGAAGCAGAAACUCACAUUUACUCAUUUACUGACUGUGCAUUUGGAGCAGUAAUUAAACCCUACUUUAGCCCUCACCUUAAUGAGAAUGACCCUUUGGUCAUUUGCCCCGUCAAUUCCAGUGAAUAAGAUUUCUAUUUAAAGCGAAAGGUAAUUUUUGAGCAACUGUAAAAGCUGUACUGUUUAAUAACUUUCGUAGACCCUUAUGUAAGAACAAUGAAUGACAUGUUCACAAGCAUAUACUGUUCAUUUAAAUAUCUGAAGGCUUUAACUUUAAUUCUUUAUAAUAUUGUGAUUUUACUGGCAAUUUAUAUAUAUGCAUUACAUUUGAUACUAACAUAUGUAUAUAAUCAGGAAUGGAUAUUUGCAAAUAAAGGGAUCAAAGGUU